AUGAAGUUCACACAAUCCAAAGGGUCCCACGGAGCUGUGGAGGAGGUCUUCGAGGUACCAAAAGGUGCCCCACAUGAAGCUCAAGUACUGGGCGAGGUCGAAAAGCUUCAUGCAGCGCAUCAAUUCGACCCCAACCUUCCGGAUGCCGAGAUACAGGCUCUCGACGAGGCUACGAAGACUGCCAACGUCGAGAAAGCUCUCGCAGUUGACGAAACUUUCACCAAGGAAUCACCUUACGAAGCCGUUCGCGCUGCCGUUCGAGACACAGAUGGCGAGGAAGUUGCCAACACCAUACGAGCAUGGCUACUAGGAUUCAUCUUCGUCACACUUUCAAGCGGUAUCAACAUGUUUCUGAGCAUGCGCAGUCCCGCUAUCACCAUCCCGACGGUGGUCAUACUGUUGGUUGUCUAUCCUUGUGGUCAGCUGCUUGCAAAGGUACUUCCGGAAAGGAGAUUCACCACAUUUGGCAUGCAGUGGACGCUAAAUCCAGGCCCAUUCUCGAUCAAGGAGCACACCGUAGUAGUUCUCAUGGCCAACGUCACAUACGGCUAUGCUUACAGUACGGAUGCUCUGCUUGCUCUCAAGGCCAAAUCGCUAUACAACCUUGAUAUGGGGUGGGGAUUUCAACUACUCUUCACGCUGAGCUCCCAGGUCAUCGGCAUUGCUUUUGCUGGAGUGUUCCGACGCUUUCUCGUAUGGCCGGCAGCUCUGAUUUGGCCGGCCAACUUCUCUAUGACUACCUUGCUGUAUGCCCUUCACGACAAGAGGAAAUCCGAUCCGGCUAAAGCAAACGGAUGGCAAAUUUCUCAAUAUCGCUUCUUCGUCUAUGUUGCUGUAGGCUCUUUCGCUUACUACUGGAUACCAGGUGUCAUUUGGCAAGGGCUAUCGGUCUUCUCCUUCGUCACAUGGAUCAGGCCUAAUAACGCCACCAUCAAUCAGCUUUUUGGUGGCUUCACUGGCCUCUCAUUGAUACCCUUGACAUUCGACUGGACGUACGUAACAGCAUACCUAGGCGAUCCAUUGCUUAGUCCGACCUUUUCGCACCUCAACACAAUCAUUGGGCUAGGAAUAUUCAUGAUCAUCACAACACUAGGCAUUUCGUAUACUGGCGCUCUAUACUCUGAAUAUCUACCGAUCAACACCUCCACGACAUUUGAUAACACACAAUCAAAGUACAAUGUGACCAGGAUCCUCGGUCCCGGCUACACCUUCGAUGUUGAGAAAUAUCAGAAAUACUCACCGAUGUUCCUUGCCCCAACUUUUGCACUGAACUAUGGUCUGAGUUUCGCCGCACUCAUAGCUGCGAUUGUCCACACCAUCGUGUAUCAUCGCGGUGAGCUAUGGACUCGCCUGCGUCUCGCAAGGAAACAGGAACCACAAGAUGUCCAUAUGCGUCUCAUGUCGAAGUAUCGCGAAGCUCCGGAUUGGUGGUACGCGGUAUUAUUCGCCAUAGCCACUGCAUUUGGCCUCGCGACUGUGUUGGGAUAUUCUUCGCAGUGUCCUUGGUGGGCAUACUUUGUGUCCCUGAUCAUUGCUCUGGUAUUUAUCAUUCCCUGCUGCAUGAUCCUCGGUAUCACCAACAUCCAGCUAUCGCUCAACGUCAUUUCACCCUAUCUAGCUGGCUUCAUGAUUCCUGGUCGUCCCAUCGGAGUGAUGAUUUUCAAGGUCUACAGCACCAUUGUUCUCGGACAAGCUCAGACUUACAGUCAAGAUCUAAAGUUGGCGCACUACAUGAAGAUUCCGCCUCGCAUCACCUUCUGGUCACAGGUCGUCAUGUCAUUUUGGGCCUCCAUCGUCCAAGUGGCCGUCAUGAAUUGGACACUCAGCAAUAUUCCAAACGCCUGUGCUUCGGAUCAAGCCUCCCAUUUCACCUGCCCCAAUGGAAGGACAUUCUUCUCGUCAAGCAUCACGUGGGGUGUAAUCGGUCCUCAGCGUAUGUUUGGCCCUGGAUCUAUCUACGCUGCCUUCAACUGGUUCUGGCUAGUUGGUGCUCUACUGCCAAUUACGUUCUAUGUGUUGACACGAUUCUUCCCGCAAAAGCAAUUGCGCUUCUUACACGCACCUGUUAUGCUUGGAGCCAUGUCUUGGCUGCCACCAGCUACACCUUUAUCAUUCACAUCUUGGGCUAUGGUCGGUCUGACGUUCAACUGGUGGAUCCGAAGACGCUACAAUGGCUGGUGGAGCACCUACAACUAUAUCACAGCUGCAGCGUUGGACUCUGGGCUCAUCAUUGCUACUCUUGUGAUCUUCUUUGCUAUCACACUGCCUGAAGUUUCUGUGCCAGCGUGGUGGGGUAAUGUGGGUGUCUUUGAGACUAUGGAUUCUUUGGGCACUGCGAUUCGGAAGACCGUUGCUGAUGGCGAGACUUUUGGACCCAAGACUUGGUGA